AUGUCUUCCCUCGAUCACCCCCCGCAUUCUGCUGAACUCAAAGUCUCCUUCCCUGCUGAGCAUGUGCUCCAGCUCACGCUCAACAGGCCAAAGGCCCUCAAUGCCAUGACCCCCCAGAUGGAGGCGGACAUCAAUAAUAUCCUGAAUUGGUUUGACAACGAAGAGAGCCUCUGGUUCGUACGCAUGCUCUACAUCGCGGCGGUGAUCAUUACAGGUGAAGGACGUGCGUUCUGCGCAGGCGCUGAUCUCAAGGCCUGGAACGAAAAGCAAUCAAGUGGACAAGCCAACGAGCAGGAGAUGCUCGCUGGCAGCGUCCAUGGCUUUGGGUCCAUUUCACGCCGCUCCAAGACCUCGAAGCCCAUAAUUGCUGCAGUCAAUGGCGGUACCUACGGCGGAGGCCUCGAGAUGCUGCUCAAUUGCGAUAUCGUUAUUGCCAGUGAAGAGGCGCAAUUCGCCCUUCCAGAAGUCAAGCGUGGGGUGCUCGCUGCGCAGGGUGUUAUACCUCGCAUUGCAAAGAUAGCAGGCCAUCAGCUGGCCUCAGAACUCCUAUUGUUGGGUCGCCCCAUCUCUGCAGCCGAAGCUCAAACUCGGUUCCGUUUCGUGAACCAGAUCGUACCUGCCUCCAAGGUUUUGCCUACGGCUGUCGAGUGGGCGAAACAGAUAGUAGCCAAUUCACCUGAUGCCGUUCAGUGUACCAAACGCGGCCUGAUUCUGGCUGGGCAGCAUGGAAACUUUGAGCAGGCCACCUUGGCAUUGGCAUGGAGCCCCGAAGCCAGGCGGCUGUACAAUAGCGCGAAUAUCAAGGAGGGGCUCAAGGCGUUCUCAGAGAAACGCAAACCCAGUUGGAGCAAUCCAGCGAAGUUGUGA